AUGGACCAGAGGCAGGGAGACUUCAUCGAUUCAAAACAUGAUUUAGAUGCGCUCAAUCGAUUCACCUCGGGCCGAUGGCUUUGGAACGAGCGCCAGCAACUUGCCGCCCGCUACGUGAAAUUCAACAUAACCAAGCUAUUGAAACUUGCUGCUGCUUCCAUUGGAUCAGAAUCAUGUGCUGAAGUUGUCAAACUUUCUGAAGGUCAGUAUAACAAGGUGUUUCAGUUAACGAUGCAUGACGGCCGCGAGGUAAUCGCGAAGCUGCCGAACCCUAAUGCAGGGCGGUUGCACUUCACCACCGCAAGCGAAGUUGCGACUAUGGAUUUUCUGCGGAAUACUCUUCAUCUACCGGUUCCCAAGGUCCACGCGUGGAGCUCCCGGGCGUCUGACAAUGCAGUUGGAGCAGAGUACAUUAUCAUGGAAAAGCAGGCUGGCACGAUGCUAAGUGAUAUGUGGGAAACCAUGAGAGGAAAACAGAAAGCCCAGAUUGUCAAACAAAUUGUGGAUAUUGAAAAGACCAUUGCAUCGACGAAGUUCACAAAACUCGGGGCACUAUAUUACAAGCGUGAUCUACCUUCAUCGGAUCAUGAUACGGUGUUGUAUGUCGACAGGGCCGGAAAUGAGGUACACACUGAAGAGUUUGGAAUCGGUCCUACUAACCACCGUUCUUUUUUUGAUUUUGGGAGGGGAGAACUAGAUAUCGAUCGUGGGCCAUGGUCCACAACUACGGCGUACCUAGAGGCAGUUGCCCAUAGAGAGAUAUCCUGCGUGGAUAUGGGCUUGAGAUAUCCGCUAAUGCCAGAAGGGCUUUUUUAUGGGCCCGGACAAUACCAACCAAGCGCAUCGAAAAAACUGUCGGCAUUACGCAACUACUUAAAGGUGGCUCCCUAUGUCCUACCUGAUAAUAGAGCAAUCCAUGUCCCCGUUCUUUGGCACGGUGAUUUGCACUUACAGAAUAUUUUCAUUGAUCCAGCAGAGCCAACCCGAAUUGUGGGUAUAAUUGACUGGCAAUCCGUCAGCAUCUGCCCUCUAUUCAUGCAGGUCACAAUGCCGGGGUUUUUAGAUUACAAUGGUCCGAUUCCUAAGGAACUUGGGCGAGUUAGCUUGCCUCCCAACUUUGGCUUCAUGACUCCUGACGAACAGCGGAAGGCAAAGGAGUUGCGUCAAGCCCAGACGUUGCACAAUCUCUAUUUGGCUCUGUCUCGCCAGAUUAAUCCGACAGCGUUCCAAGCCAUAAAGGGUCAGGACAGUCUCCGUCACCAAGUUAGUGUUGUACCAGGUUUGACAAUAACAGACUCCGAGCCAUGCCUCACUGGCUUAUUAAGGGAGGUCGAGAAAGGGUGGUCAACAAUUGUUGGGAAUGGCCCAGACGGUCUACCCUCGAAACAUUGCCCAUUGCGAUUUUCCGCUGCUGAGGUGGAGCAGCAGGAGCAUGACGAGAAGCUAUGGGCUCAAGGGGUUGACCUUAUGAACCACUUCAUUAAUGAGACGGGGUGUUUUAAACACUGGGAUGGAAGGGUAAGCAACGAGGAUUACGAAGUUUCGAAGAGACAACUGGCUGAGGGGAUCGAGAGCUUCCUGAGCCGCGAGGCUAGGAGCCAGGAGGAGCGGAAGGCAUGGCUCAAGGCCUUGCCGUUUGUGGAUUGA